UUUUCUCUUUAAACAAAGCUCUAUUUUCUCUUUUGUAAAUUUUAAGAGGAAUCGCUUCUCAUUGCUUGCCAGACUAAAAAAAGGGCAAAAUGGCAACAACAAGAACAAGUUCAAGUCUUUUGGCGUUGCCAAGUUUCAGAUCGAAUUGUAACCAAAGACCCAGUUUAAAGGUAAGAGCUCAGGUUUCGGGUGAUAAGGCGGCUUCCGUGGAGCAGCCAGUGAACGGUUAUGUCUCUGUGUCUAAUGUCCAAAACCCAAAAGGAAGCGAAGUUAAUGGGAAAUUAAAAUUUCAAAGGAAAGACGAAAUUGAGCUGUUAUGGGAUGAUGGGUAUGGCUCCAAAUCUGUCAAGGAUUACUUUGCUGCUGCUAGAGAGAUUUUGAAGAAGCCUGACGGUGGACCUCCACGGUGGUUUAGUCCCGUCGAUUGUGGCCAACCAAUCAAAGAUGCUCCUACCUUAUUCUUCUUACCUGGGAUGGAUGGCACUGGGAUGGGUAUUGUUCCACAUCAAAUAGCUCUUGGGAAGGCUUUUCAUGUCUGGUGCUUGCAUAUUCCAGUACAUGAUCGAACUCCAUUCCAAGGGCUGGUGAAAAUAGUCGAAGAUGUAUUGAGGCAAGAGCAUGCUACACGUCCAAAUAAACCUAUAUAUCUUGUGGGUGAUUCCUUUGGAGGAUGUAUGGCUCUUGCUGUUGCUGCCAGAAACCCUUCAUUAGAUUUGGUGUUGGUACUAGUCAACCCAGCUACAUCGUUUGAGAGGUCACCGCUACAGCCGAUGCUGCCUAUACUAGAGAUGGUGCCAGAAGAGCUUCAUUUUACUAUUCCAUAUGCUCUAAGCUUUAUUAUGGGUGAUCCGAUAAAGAUGGCUUCAAUUGGUAUCGACAACCAGCUUCCAGCAGGAGUAAAACUGAAUAAGUUGAGAGAGAAGCUUACUAACUCCAUGCUUCCUCUUCUCUCUGAGCUCGGUGGAAUUAUUCCUAGAGAAACUUUACUUUGGAAGCUAAAGUUGCUGAGAUCUGGUGCUGCUUAUGCAAAUUCUCGCAUCCAUGCUGUUCAAGCUGAAGUCUUACUCCUUGCUAGUGGAAAGGACAGGAUGCUUCCUAGCCAAGAAGAAUCGAAAAGGCUAUAUGGGUUACUAAAAAACUGUACCGUUCGAUGCUUCAAGGAAAAUGGGCAUACCCUUUUACUUGAAGAUAGCAUCAGUUUGCUCACGGUUAUAAAAGGUACAUGCAAGUACAGACGCUCACGUAGAUAUGAUUUUGCUUCUGAUUUCUUACCUCCCAGUAAGGGAGAACUUGAUUUUGCCCUUCAGGAACUACUCAGGGUCUUAAGAAAUGCUGUUAGUUCUGUGUUUUUGUCAACUAUGGAAGAUGGUAGGAUAGUGAAGGGACUCGCUGGUGUUCCAGACGAAGGUCCGGUGUUACUUGUUGGUUACCACAUGCUGAUGGGGUUGGAACUCGGUCCAAUGUCCGAGGCAUUUAUCAAAGAGAAAAACAUUCUCUUCCGUGGGAUGGCGCAUCCGAUUCUUUACGCAGAAAACGAGUCAGGUAAGGGUUUUGAUUACGUGGACUGGAUUAAAGUAUUUGGUGCCUACCCUGUCACCGCAACCAAUCUUUUCAAGCUCUUGUCUUCUAAGUCUCAUGUUCUUCUCUAUCCCGGCGGUGCCCGAGAGGCUCUCCAUAACCGGGGUGAACAAUACAAACUGAUUUGGCCAGAGCAGCAAGAGUUUGUAAGAAUGGCAGCACGGUUUGGCGCAACUAUAGUUCCAUUUGGAACGGUUGGUGAAGACGACAUAGCUGAAUUGGUUCUUGAUUACAAUGACCUGAUGAAGAUUCCGUUUCUCAGUAACUAUAUCUCGGAAGUAACUCGCGAUACCAAAGACUUUAAGUUGAGGGAAGAAUCAAGUGGGGAGGUAGCAAACCAGCAACUCUACUUGCCAGGGCUCUUACCGAAAAUCCCUGGUCGGUUCUAUUACCUGUUUGGGAAACCGAUACACACUAAAGGAAGACCAGAACUUGUGAAAGACAAAGAAGCAGCAAAACGGGUUUACUUGGAAGCGAAAGAGGAAGUGGAGAAAAGCAUAGCCUACUUGUUGAAGAAACGUGAGGAAGAUCCGUACAGAAGUGUUGUGGAUAGAUUAAGUUACAGUUUGACUCACCUUCCUGAGAAUGAUGUCCCUUCUUUCGAACCAUGAUUUGAACAUAAGCUGGUAAGCUUUUAGUAAAUCUCAUUAAACAAAACAAGCUGUCAUGUCAAUGAUUAUGUUGUCUUUUAUAGAAAAAUUCAGUAUAUAUCCCAAAUUUUAUAUAAAUGUAACUGUUUAAUGCACAGGAGAAGUGUUAUUGAUGUUCAUUGCUCGUA